UUUUUUUAAGCAAGACUAGAGGAAAGGUGGGCGUGAACAACGAAGUGUAGAGACGGAGCACAGUUGACGAAGGUGGAGCAAAGUUAAUAACAAAAGUGUAACCUAGACAAACAGAGUAAGGCGUACAGUAAAUCAGAAGGAAAUUCUCUAGAAAGGAAGAAGGGAUGAUCAGCGCACUAAUAAAGAUUAGAGAUUAAAAAGAAAGACCUAUGAGACUGGACAACGUUGCUAGAGAAAGAAUGUAGUUCACAAUGAGAUAUUUCAUUCAUGAAAAAUAAACAUCAAGGAGGAACACUUCAAUAACAACCACAGCAGGAUGGCGUCCUCUGUCAGUUCUGCAUAUUCCAGAUGUGCCACUGGAGACACAUUAUGUGAGAUCCGUGUGUAUGAACAGGAAGUGAUUAUCGUCCCAGUGCUGUUUUUGAUGAGUUUCUUUGUCACACUGGUGUUUCUGCUGUUGCUGAGGUUCUGUCCUGAGAAAGUAGAUCGUCUGCAACCCAGCUCCAUACGAACAACUAGGAAUAGGAGAAACUUACAAGGCAUUGAUGCUCCUCUGGGUCUGAAUGCUCUGGAAGGUGAGCACAUAGCAUUGGACACCACAUCCUACAUGACAUUCACCACUUCAUCACCAGUACACAAACAAUACAGAUCUGACCGCGCCUCCUUUAAUGCCAACAAUGUGGCCUUCCCCGAUGGGCGAGGCUCUUUUGGGGCCACAGCUUCAGCCUUCACAAAACCCAGGGAACUCCCACGCCAGCGACUGCCGGAGAAUUUUAACGGGGUGUCUCCUCUCCCAGCAUCAUAUUCUUUGAAGUCAGACUCCUCUGUCUCACUCUAUAGGGCUCGUAUGGAGAACAGAAAUGUUGUGCUGCGUGUUCUUAAAGAUUCAGCCAGUAACAAGGAAAGUAAGUCCUUCCUGGGCUUUGCAGCCUUCCUUUCUCAGUUGGGGCCCCACCCCUUUUUACCAGAGCUUCUGGGAGUUGUAUCCCUGCGUGCUCCUCUCAUUACUGUUAUUGAAGAGAUGGAGAACCAAGAUCUGCUCAGAUUCCUGUGGAGGUGUAGACAGGAUAAUGUUGGACCAGACACCAUUUGUCAGAUGACAGAGAAAAAGAUCUUCACCAUGGCCUCACAUGUGUCUUCUGCCCUGGACUAUCUCCAUAGCAAAGAUCUUCUCCACUGCAACAUUAAGGCUUGCAAUGUAUUGGUCAGCCGGAUCUGUACCGCAAAGCUCUGGGGUUUGGGCGAUUUGUAUGCGAGGACAUUAGAAAGUGCUAAUUACAGUGAAGAUCCUGGAAGAAAAAAGUGGCAGGCUCCUGAGUUAUUGGCCAAGAGACCUGCCACUCCAAAAAGUGAUGUUUGGUCAUUUGGGCUCCUGCUGUAUGAAAUGGUGACUCUUGGCAAGGUCCCUUUUGCAGAAAUCCCUGUGAAGGAGCUUCUUCAGUAUCAUCAGAGAGCCAAAACCCUAAAGAAACCAAACAACUGCUCCAGCUCACUUUACUCAAUUAUCAAAGCUUGCUGUCAGUGGAAGGAACAAGAGCGUCCCUCAUUGGCUGAUGUCAGGCGUAAACUCCAAUCAGGAGAGAAGAGUGCUAAUGACAGCGUCGUUCUACGGGUUCCUGAGCCAAUCAAUAUUGAGCAGUAUCUGAAGGAGGCAGGAUAUGGAGAAUCCAACAACUACACAGUUUUCUGACACACUAGAAGGCGGCACUCUAUCAUGUCACAUCCAUAUGAAGCCUCACUUUGUAUCUCCAGUGCUUCCUAAAGAGUAUAAUUGACUGUAGACCAACCAUUGACGCUCUGCUCUUAUUUAUCUAUAUGGCUAAAUCAAAUGUAACCACAGGCUAAUUUAACCAUUGUUUAAAGUUUAAUAGUCAGUGAUGCAAACUCAUGAGAGGUGAAAAAGGUGAGAAAGUCAUAGCAGGUGUUUCAGGGGUAUAUUUUCUGUUGAUUUGUUUGUUGUAUUUAAAGAUUUUUUUUUUUUAAGUGUUUAAACUUAAAGCUGAAUUAUGUAACUUUUGUGUUAAAAAACAUUCUUCUAUCCCAGCUUAAUAUGCAGAGACAACUCUAAGUAAGCCAUUCAGAGGUUAAUUUUAUCAAAAAAUUUAAACAAUGUUUCUCUGUGGCGCUAUAAAAAUUCCUGUUUGUUUUGAGCGGCCGCUUCGACCUUAGGGACUAUCUGACUGUUUGAACAAGUGAAGAUGAUGGACAUAUUCAGAAAGCUGUUUUGAAAACAUGGUUUAUUUUUGCAAUUGGUGGUGCUAGUGUCUCAGAAAUUCAGCUUUAAAGUUCCAAUUACAAAUGGUUUUAUAAGUAAAAUGUCAAAAAUUGUACCAAACAAUUGGGCAAAUUUGCUUAAAAAAGGUGACUAGUUAUAAGGUGAGUAGUUUGCAUCCUCGGAUAAUAACAAUAUGGGAACAUUUAUAAAGGACCUUAAAAACACAAUUAUAAGGGUUUUCUUAACUUCAGGGGUUUCUUGCAAUUGGGCCCUGAUCUUUUUCAGUUCAUAAAAACUAAAAUUGGCCAUAAUUGCCUUUUUUACUGCAGAAAUAUGUUCUAUUCUAUACAAGACGACUUAAAAUUAUUUGUAUUGGUAUUGUUAUAUUAUUAUAAAUAUAUAGGUUGAACAAAAGAAAAUUUGAUUUUCUUUUUCCAUCUAAAUAUCAGUCUUCCUUAAGGCUUUAUUUGUAGUUAUUUCUGUGUCACAGGCAAAACCAAUUUAUAAACCAUGUCUAUAAAUUUAGACUGUACUAGCGGUUGACUGAUAAGGUUUUUUUAGUGGCCGAUGCUGAUACCUACAAAGCAGUGUCGCCUACUUCGGAUAUAAUGCCAAUAUAUGUAUAUAUGGUGUAAUACAGUUUAAUGACAGCAAAUGAGACAUUCAUACAUUUAUAUGAGCCCUUAUUUUAAUACAAAAUACAGAAAAUGUGCAUUUUCCACCGACAAGGAAACAAAGACUUAACAUAGACUGAAUGUCAGUGUCACCACACCUUUAUUAAUAUUUAUGCAUACAAACAAAUUCAGCACCAGCACACAGCUUUCUUAGUCACUCUCUCUCACUCUCACACUACCUUAUCAUACCUGCUCUAAGGUAAAGCUACUAAUACUUGUCUAUUACUUGAAUUACUUUUAAUACAAAUAAAAAAGUUCUUCCAAUCAUCUACUGUAGAAAAAGAAAUAUUGAGUUGUUCUAGGAUCAGUUAAGAUCUGAUCACUCUCAACCUCCUUCAGCAUGAUUUUUAAAAAAUAAAAUAAAUGCUACUUCCAUUCAGUAA